CUUUCCCUCUUUUACCUCUCUUCCCCGAAUCUCUCUCUCUCUCUCUCACUACUGUGUUGCCUCAACCAGGCCCGAACGGUCGUCGUCCCAUCGCCGGAGCUGUACACGCGCCAGCCAAGUCGAACCACUGGCCCUCGAAACAUUGACCCCCGCGAGCUCACCACGGUACGGCUGCCCAGGGCUGUCAACCAACAGUUCGAAGCCGCCCGCCUCCUACACUUUCUGGCAAGAUUCUGAAUACCCCGAGCCUAACCACCAUCACCACCAUACUCCUCGUAGUCUAAGCUUCAAAACCCACCCAAGGAUCGACCUCGCUAGUGGUCGAAAAAAUAAAGGGUAUUUGUCGGAAUCCAUGGAGGUUCGAAGCUUGUAGUGGAACCACCGCCGUUGUCACCAUUAGACAGGUGAGGCAGAUCGAAUAAGAAGUUGUCAUGGACGAGUUCUUGCACUGAAGACUGAACCUCACAUCCAACAAGUAUGGUUGUCGCAUGAGGACGCCCCUGGCCUAGCCAUGCCUCGUUCUUUCAGAGACUUUAUUCUCAAAGACCACGGUAUCAUUGCUGUCCCUGAUGUCACCUACCAUCGUCUCACUCUCAAAGACCAAUUCAUGGUUCUCACCACUUAUGGGGGAACCAGCCGCCCCACACAUUACCAUGUCUUGUUUGAUGAGAACAAGUUCAAUGCUGAUGCCUUGCAAGUAUGCAAGGUGCACCAGAUCAGUCUCCAUCGAUAUGCGUUGUGUUGCACUAUCCUGAGUGCUAUGGCUAAAACUUUACUUGGAUAUUUAAGAGAACCAAGGCAACAAGAAAUUCUUCAAGUUGUUGGGUAUUAUUUUCUUUCUUGUUUGUAAGAAUUAUGUAUAGUGAGGAUUUGAUGUAUUAUUUACAUUGAUAAUAAUGAAUUUUUAUUGAGAAUUAUUUAGUCUCAUGGGGAUUUGAUGUAUUAUUUAUAUUUUAAUUGAAUGAAUAAAUUUUGUAUGUAUAUGAAUUUUUAUUAUGAUAAAUAUA